UUCUUCUCCAGUGGUGACGCCAGAGCGGGUUGCGGUGUGACACUUGUCAGGAUUCAGUGGGGUCAUCUGUGGUGUGUGCUGCUGGUACUGUGGUGGUGUGACACUGUGUGCUAGCUGAGCUGAGACAGAAGGGGAAGUUUGGUGUGAUCUUCAUCCUCACAUCUUCAGUACGCAAUAGUCCGCGGGUCGGACAAAGCUACAAGGUCCGGAGGAGGGGUGUCCAGAAAGCUUCGCUACCGGCAGCAGAUGACCGAGUCGAACCUGACGUCUGCCAGCAACAGAAUGUCCCGCUCCAUGACAUCACUGACGCCCCCCGACCAGGUGGUGUCCGCUCGGGUGUACUACCAGCCCAUGUACCCUAAGCGGACACGAACGCUGUCCAGCCAGUCGCCGGGACGGUACGACUCCACCACGACUCGCACCUACAGCAGCUACGCGUCUUCGCGACACAGCCUGACGGGCAGCGCGCCCGGGUCCCGCCGCAGCAGCAUCGACUCCCAGCACUCCUACGACGAGCUGAUGAGUCCCAGUCCCGUCUUCACCCGCGCCAUGUCCACUACCACUGAGAUUGUGAAGGAGAUCAGCAGGCUUCAGGAGACCAAGAAACAACUAGAGACGGACAUCCUGACCCUGGAGACCGCCAAGAACACGGGGUCUGGGUCCACUACUGUCAUCAAGACGCUUCAGGAGGAGACAGAGACCCUGACGAAACGGAACACUGAGCUAGAGAACGACAUCAAGGACUUCAAGAUGAGGUUCGAGGAAGAGAUGACCUGGAGGAAGAAACUUGAAGAUGAAGUCGGCAGUCUAAGGAAGGAACGAGAGAGACUAAUGUUCCAAUCGGUGGCGGACUCGAGCGCCGGUGGCCUCGGGGGCAGGGCGCUGCCCGAACAGCUGGAAAAGUUGCGAGGACACUACGAGGAUUUAAUUCGCAGGAACCGGGAAGACCUGGAAAAACACUACAAGGCAAAGAUAACGGCCCUACAAGGCCAGACCAUGGCGCCGUCGGAGUUUGUCUCCCAGAUGGAGACCAUGCAGACAGAGGAGAGCAUGCGCAGUGGCAGUGGAGGACUGGAGGAUGCGGAGAGAAGACAGUUCCAGGAGGAGAUAGAAGAGCUGCGGACGGAGUUACGGAACUUCCGGAACCAGGUGUCACAGAUGCAGGAAGGAAAAGCCACACCGAAGGUUAACGGACAUGGGGAUUCAGACUUCCCGGGCGUCCCCUCUGCCUGUUUCAUCCAGAACGGGGAACACAGGCACACGUCACACCUCAAGGUAAACCUGGGGAAUGGCAGAAACAACGUGUACGUCACAGGUCUUUCCCUCAACCCAGCAGCAGUUGCGAUGCAGCCAACUGGAAAGCCACAAGGGUUCGUGUCGCUGUACCCGAUCUCUUGGUACUUCGACAAGGACCUCAGCACCAUCCACAGUGCACAGAAUGUGGUGACAGAAACGAAAACUACGCAGAAAACUGUGACACAACAGAAAACCACUCAGCAGAUGAUGACACAGAAGGGAGUGGCCAAGGAUGACCCAAAGUACGGAUCUGUACACAUGUCCGUCAAGGAGGAAGAGAUAGCUAAGGUUCUGAAAGGUUAUGGUGCUGCAGUGCCGGCUCCUGGUGAUAGGGGCGCUGAUAUCAGUGCCUCUGUAGGCAGGGCGCUCGUUGGUCGGUGGUUCCGAUUGGCCCACCACGCCAGUCAUGGGUUAGUGAUAGAGGCAGAGGACACUCCACAGUCAGGCAAGCAGGCGGUGGCGAAUAAAAAGCAAAUACCAACAAAUGACACACAACUCUGGAGCUAUGACAAAGGAAGUUUCCGUAACAAGAAGUACCAGAAGUGCGCGCUGCAGGUCUUGGACUACUUCGCGCCCUCUCCCGUGGAACUGGCCCCUUAUACAGGCGACAGGAACCAGAAAUGGGUGAUCCAUGCUAACGGCGUCAUUACCAGUGCGGACACGGACUUCGCCUUGGACAUGGAUGGGCACAACGUCAUCAUCAGCCCAAAGGAGGCAGACGACUCCGCCACCCGCCAAUCGUGGGGAAUCGAAGUCGUCCAGAAAUAGCCCCAUUCCCUCUUACACCCCCCCCCCCCCGGCGAAUGGCAUAACCUGAGCCAGACAGCUCUAAACUCAGACUAAAACUUCAGGCGACACCGUAUCGAAACAACGUCGAAAAUCUAAAGCAAUACUGCGCUUCAAAAGUACAACGACUGAAAUCCUAAAGUAACACGACUGUAACCCAGAAGUUGCAGAGCGUAACGUUGACACUGCCUUGAGGUUACGCACUUGCGUCCCAACAUAUAACAUAGAUAAAUGCUAACAUAUACGAUAACUGUCAGAAUCAUAGCAUUCCUAAGUAAUGAUAAGCGUAUUUCUCUCGGUGACGGACGAACAACCUAGUUGAUGUCGAACCAGGAUAACUUACUGUCAAAAGGCACAUGCCCACGUUACACUCUCACAGUAAAAUACAUGUAUUAGUUGCAGAAUCCUUCUACGGAUUCCUGCGUCUCAACACUUGUGUUGCAAAGUAUUCGGCAAAGAUAUACAUUUGUACCUCCUACAUUUGUACCUCCACAUUCCUCAACGGCCAAAGAUCAAAAACUCACAAAUAUACUAAAAAAGAUACAUUGUACGUUAUUGACAGGUGUUACAUUUCAUGGACUAAAAUGAGAUGUACAAUUCAUGAAAAAAAGGUGUGACGAAGUUUAGUCUGGAACUAUAUAAAAACAAAGCACACAAUUUCACAACAUCGCUUAACACAUAUGCACUGAAUUCCGUGUCCAUGCUAAGGAUGAUCAUGUGCCUUGCAAGUACUAAUGCAGAUGCAGAAAGCUUCUAUAAGAAAUGCUAGGUUAAAAUAUUUUUGGAGAAUGACAGAAAGUGUUGUAAUAAUUGUAUGUCACCUUCUCCCUUGUUGCAAUGUCAGUUUGACAGAUGGUUGACAAUGAAGCAGUACAGUAACAAAGACGACUUCAGAAAUCUGUAUAUGAUAUCUGGGAAGACAUCCAUUCAUAGAGAUGGUAACACUGCGAAACAUAAUUAGAUAACUUUUGGCGAUGCCUCAGAGGCACAGGCAUUUCUUAUUAUAUUGAUGUCCAGCAUGUUUUGCUUGCCACUUUGCGUCCUCUAGAAUAAAUAUAGCGUUGCCCCUUCAUCUAAAAGGAGUCCUAGUCACUGCAAAACUUCCCUCUUUAGAACUAUAGAUACAUAGUAUUUGUGUAUUAUUUCUAACGUUUUAGAUAGGGAUGUAAUCAUAUUUGUAUGGUAGGUACCAUUAACUAUAGCAGAUGCAAAUGCAAUUAUAUUAUGUAAUAAUAUUUUGUGUUCAUUUAGUGGACUACUGAAAAGAUACAAUUUAAGGGUCAUUUUAGGUGAACAUUUUUCUUUCUUUACAGUUAGUUAUCAGUAUGGUGCUCUUCCCUUAGCUCAGGUGGUGUGUGGGAUAUGUGUGAAGGUGCUGUACACUGGUGGGAUCUGGGAUGAUAGUAUUAUUUUUAGAGAGGAUAUGAAUGAUGAUGAUAAUUGAUCUGGACAGGUGUCUACUUUACAAUAAACCUCUAAGGAAAUUC